AUGGAGAAAUGGGGUGGUUUCGAGAAUUCGCUUAUUUCAUUGAUUUUGGUGAAAAACAAAAUGCAAAAACAUCUACGAAUUAUGAGGGAAAUGAUGCCCGAAUUGAGCUCUCAACUGGAUGUGAUCGAGAGGAAAACGGGCACUCUUUUCACUCAAUCAUCAUUUAUGCAAAUGCGAAAAGAUACUUGUAAAGGCAAUCACCCAGUUUUGUGUCAUGGUGACAUUUGGACGCCGAACAUUUUGUGGACAAAGGAUGAUGAGGGGAUUUUUCGCCUAAAAGCCAUUGUUGAUUGGCAGUUUGUCCAUCUCGGUUCUCCACUCGAGGAUCUCGUCCUUUUCUUUCACAGUGCUCUCUCGGCAGAGAGUUAUCGGAAAAACAUCUUCAAAUUCUUGCAUUUCUAUUACGAGUUUUUGCGAAAAAAUCUUCCAAAGGAUUCACUUUUGUGGGAAUCUUACGAAGAAUUUGAAAAGCAAUACGAGAUUGCUUAUGCGUACACAAUGUCACUUCUAUUACCGAUGACGCUAAACGACAAUGAGAUUUUGUUUUACACUCAAAGCAAGGAAGUUUUGGGAAUCCCGGAAACGAUUCCUUUAGCGAAAUAUUUUUGCGGCAGAAUGUACAAUGAAGAGCUUGGCGCUGGUUAUAUUCUGUUGGAGUUUAUCGAAAAACUCUCUUUGUGUCAUGUUUAUCACAAUCUACAAGAAAAGCCGCUUAUCGAAAUCAUUGGACACUUGGCUCAGAUAGCGAUUAGAGGACUUAAACUUGAAAAGAAAAUCGAGAAAAUCGAACAGAAAAACGCUUGGGAUGUUAUAUUGAAAGAUAUCGCCGAGUUGACGGUGACCGAGAAGCGCUUUAUCGACAUGAAAGUCGUUUUCCCCGAUCAAUCGACUCAAAUCGAUUAUAUCCUGCAAAAAUUCCCCUCAAUUUUCGCUGAUUUCGAAAAAUUUCAAGAUUUACGAAUGAAAAAUUCUCCUAUUCGAUUGCUAUGUCACGGGGAUUUAUGGACGACGAAUAUUUUGUUUACAAAGGAUGAAAAAGGAGAAUUUCAAGUGAAAGCCUUCGUUGAUUGGCAGCUUUUCCAUAUUGGCUCUCCGGUGGAGGAUCUCGUCUUUUUGAUGUAUUCAGCUUUGGGACCAAAUGAGAUAAAAAGGACCAAUUUCUACUUACAAGUCUACUACGAUUUGAUAAAAGACGCUAUUGGGGAGGAGAAAUGUCCGUGGGAAGACGUCGCGGAGCUUAUCAAACAAUACGAGACCUCAUAUAUCCACAUGAUUUCCAUCAUUCAUCCAAUGAAUGUCAAUGGAUUUGAAGAUCAAAUAAUCGCUUGUGAUGAAAACGAGAUCGAUUGGUGUCGUGAGAACUUCGGACUCAAAAGUGCCGCCAUCACCGCCGAGUUGUGUCGAUGCUUCGAGAAAUGGAUUCAA